ACCAAAAUGAAUAAAGCUCAACUUACUCAUAUGGAACAAAUGGUAAAAGACGCGCAUUUGGUUGAUUUGCGAAUGAAACUGAAGAUGGCAGAACAAAUAUAUAAAUACACUAAAAUGCCUACCAAAUUAACCGUGCCCCCUACUGCUACUCUUCUCGAUAUAAAUGAAAAUAUUUUUAAUAAACUCAAUGAUCGAAUAGAAACUAUGAAAACCGGGGAAUUUAAACAACUUCAGGAAUUUAAAAUGCAGAAGCAAAUGUUACUCAAAGUAGAUCAUAACAAUUUUUCAUAUAUGGACAUCAGAGAAUUCCUAAUAGAACAUUACAUUGAGAAAGAAGAUAUCCCGACAAAGGAAAAUCUCAUUGUCGAUCUGGAACUCAGAACUAUAUUUUGUAACAGCGAUACCCUAAAUUAUUAUCUCAAAAAACACGGAUUUAUUUGGAGAAUACUUCCAGGAACGAAAAAGAGCAUACUUACUGAACAUCCGAAAAGAGCCGCCGAUAGAUACAGAUAUUUCAAAAAGUUAAGACAAUAUAGAUCAGAGAACAGAGACAUAGUUUAUAUAGAAGAAUUUUAUAACAACAUUUACCCCAACCAUGAAAACUUGCCCAGAAAACAAGCACGUAAAUGGUGCAUUGCAGCAAUUACAGAAAACUCUUUAAUUAAAGCGGGGACUUAUAUGUAUCCAGCAGCACCCGGAGUCGAUUUGUACGUAUGGCUUAAAGAUGAAUUGAUACCUUUGUUGCCGAAAAACUCAGUCGUGGUAGUGGAAGAAAAGAUGAAUAAAGAAGUGGAUGAUUAUCAAUUUCCCGAUGCCCUUAACAGUAAACAUGAAAUAAAAGAUUGGUUAAACGCAAAUAACGUUCCUUUUGCAGAAGCUAUGCGUAAAGCUGAAUUAAUGACGCUCGUAGAUAAAUUCACGAAAGAAAAAGGUCUCAUUUUGGAAGAGAUUUUAAAGUCGCACGGACACGAAGUGUUGCGCAAACAAAAAGGCUUCCCGAAUUUAAGUGUGAUUGCACCUUUAACAAAACAUUUGAAAGAUCAUUAUGCCAAAGUAUUAAGAGGAAUAAAAGAAAGAGAAGGAGGGAGACUAAUAGAUGCCUUAAAAGGUUGCACUGUAGAACAAUGGAAGAAUAUGUUUGACACUGUUAAAGAAGUAGAAGAAAGGAUACUCCAUGAAGAUCUUUUACUAGAAGAAACAAUUGAUAAAUUGAUGUCAAUGACUUGCCAGGAGGGUUUGGAGAAAAACCAGUGUUUAGAUAAUUUCGAACGAGAUCUAGACUAUUAUGUAGUUGAGAAAAAAACCAUAAAUUAUAACAAAACUGGUUAUAGAUGUGUACGUUCAUAUGCAAAUUCAUAG